GUCUACAUCCGCUGACGAUUGCGCACCCGGAUAUCUAAUUUUCUUCAAUUGCUCCAAUACACUCCAAUACUGACUUUCUUUUCCUUCACAUUUCGAAAUGUCUCGCGGCGGCACUACUUUAUAUGUCACAGGCUUUAGCCACGGCACCCGCGCGCGCGAUCUCGCCUACGAAUUCGAACGAUAUGGGCGCCUGGUCCGCUGUGACAUUCCUGCGCCGCGAUCUACUUCCAGCAGACUGUUUGCUUUCGUGGAAUACGAAGACAGGCGCGAUGCCGAUGACGCAUACCAUGAAAUGCACAACAAACGUAUUGGCCGAGAUGAUCUAUUGAAGAUUGAGUGGGCUAGAACACCUCCUUCAGCCUCAUGGCGCUUCGAAUCUGGGCGUGAUCGUGAUCGUCGUGGACCGCGAUCUCCUCGCCGUGGCCGAUCACCCUCCCCCCGUCGCAGCACUCGCGACUAUUCUCCGCGCAAAGAAGAACGUCGGGAUCGCGACAGAGACUAUGAUCGCGAUAGUCGAAGGGACCGGGAUCGCUCUAGAAGCCCUGAACACCGCGACCGAGACCGCGAUACUAAAGAUGAGCGUGAUGAUCGCGACCGAAAGGAAAACGGAACUAAUGGCGACGAAAGAAAAGCUGAGAGUCCUCUUCCCGCUCAUGACGAUCUUGAUGUUGCUGAGUAGUAGAAGCCACCAAUGUCGAAGUGUAAUUACGGUAGUAGACCGGUUGCCUGGAAUCUUUAACCGUACUACUCUCUUUUCUGUCCACAUUUUCCUCUCAUUUGUACAAUGUUCGGGUCUCCAGGUAAUUUCUACAUUCAAACACAUG